AUGAUUACGAGACAAUGUGUCGGGAGGAAUUUCAUUCCCCAGACUCGCAGAUGGGCCUCUCAUAUGAAUGUUGAGAGUGAUAACAAUUCGCACAUCUUUGACAGUGAGUGGACUCAAGAGAAAAAUCCUACGCCCUAUAGCGUAUUUGGUUUUAGAGAAUCUUGUGGAGUUGAUCGUAAACAGCUAAAGAAACGAUAUCAUGGGUUCGCCAAGCUUUAUCACCCUGAUAUAUCUGAUAGUUUAAGAAUAACGAGAUCACCCAGCCCUGACGAUUCAAUAUCAUCCGAGGAGAAAUUGCAAAGGUUCAGAAUGGUCACUAAUGCUUAUGAAAUUCUAAACGACGAUAGUAAGAAAAGGUUAUACGACCAUACACAUUCCGGUUGGUCGUACGGUCCUCAAGGCUCUCGUGCGACUAACAAUGGAUUUCAACAGGGUAAUUCUCACGGUUAUAAAUCUAAUGCUACGUAUGCAUAUUACAAUGCGGGCACCUGGGAAGAUUUAAACGAUUUAGGCAAGGAGGACAGAGCAAAAUUAGAUCCCUGGACCCUUCUUCUUUGGGUUUGUGGCCUUGCAAUAUGCUUUGAGGGGACGUCGCUAUUGAGCCGACUGGAAGAUACAAUUGUAGGUAAGCAUUUUACGCAGGAACAGACGGAGAAUGACUUGGUACAAUCGAGAAUAAAUUAUGGGUUAGAGACCGACAAGUUCAACAGAUUACGUAGGUUUCUUUGGUUUAGAGCCUUUGGUCUCUACAGAUCAAAGGAUGAACUAGAUAGGGAGGCAAUCAAAAACGAACGGAUGGUACAAAAUCUGAAGAACAAGGAAAGGGAACGUCGGGAUCAGGAAUAA